AUGGGUAACUGUAUGUCCACCUGCGGCGGCCGCCGUAAGAUGCUCGUGCCACCGGGUUUCGAAAUGGUGACGCUCUCCGGAAUUGAGGGAACCACCCAGGAACCCCAGGAACCGCAGAGAAAUUCUCCCGACUUGACCACACUCCCUAUUGGUAUUGCGUUGACUACCGAUGAAGUCGUCGCAGCCCCUUCCCCCAUUGUCAACGCGACAACAUCUAACCAAGCCCUUGGUGGCAGCACUCCGCGUGUCGAUGGAGAUUCACACUCACUUACAGAGUCGCUUAAAGAUGUUACCAUCAACGACAUCCAGGUUGAGACUGCUAGACCGGUCAACUAUAGUCGUCCAGGAGCACACCGACUUGUGGCUAGCACCUCAGCGUACAAUAUUAGAGAUCUCAGAGAGACCAGCUGUGGAAAUGUUCCCCCUCCUCGCCUCCGCCCGUCGGCCACUAUGGGUAACCUCAACAAGCCGUUACCAAAGUAUCCUAAUGAUGACCCCGUAGCCGCUUACAUUGCUCAAGAAAACAUGAAGCUCGAGGAGACCUGGAAGAAAUUGUUUCCUGAAAAGGCGUUUUUGGUUGAUUUCAACCGGGAGCGUCAUAUGACGCGACCACGAGCUCUUAGAGAGUCCAUAAAGAGCACAUCCUCAAACGACGAAAAGAACGACGCAAAGGACGACCCGCCCGUCGAUGGUGAUGACACCAACACAGGACCGGCGGAGGAGAUUAAUGAGGACAGCGGCACCGGCGCGACUCAAGAGGCCGGUGGAGAUAGCGAGAAUCCGAAGGACCUCAUCCGUAUACUUCGUCAGAAAAUCUUGCAACUCGACGAUAUGCUGUCGCAGCUCGGAGCGGAAGAGGCUUCAAAGCCUAUUCCUAGCCUCGUCACUAGUGAUGCCAAUGACCCCGGUAAUCCGACCACUCCGUCUCCUAUUAGACGUUCCAACAUCCUUGCUAGUACCGUCGCUGGCACUUCCGAUACUGGUGAACCAAGCACCCAAGAGAAUAAGAUGGACAUGGGCCCCUCGGAUUUCGUCGAAAGCCCUCAUUCCACGGGCCGACCACGUCGCCCUCGUCCCGUCGGCAUUAUUGGGCCGUCAACCCCCACCAGAACCCCUGAUCAGCCUAGUGGCUUAUACUACGAAGCCCACAGCCGUGACGGUCUUGACGCGGAGACUGAGCAGCCGUCCAUGGUAUCCGAAGCGGGAUCAUCUCAAAUCGUCGUACGUGACACACUGCCCCAAGUCCCGUCCAGUGACGAGGAGCGCGACUACUACCUCUACGAGUCCCUCUACGAGGUGGCUCUAGAAGUUGUCACGAAGAACUACCAUGAGGCCAAACCGGUCAUCCUCGCCAAGGUGCGCCGGUUCGUCGCGAGCGAACGUACAGUUUACAGAGUCGUCGAGACCAUCCUGGCCAUGACCGACGACGUCAUCGACACAUGUGUCAACGAUGAGGAUAGUCUUGAGAUAGUCCAGAUGAUGGUGACAGGAUCUUGUCAAGGAUCCGAGCUCGUUCCAAAUGGUAAGAUGACUCCCACCUUCCAGGAAGAGCUUGAUAAGGAAGCCGAAGCCACAAAGGUACGCAAAGCGAUAGCCCUGCUGGAGAAGUGGGCUGCCGAGGCUAAGGCUAAGGAGGAGGCUGAUGAGGAGGCCAAGGAAAAGGGUAAGGGAAAGGAGAAUGCGGAGUGA